GCUACCUGUGCUACCCAGAGUAUUUGCCGGCCUCCUUGCUUGAUAAUGGCGGAUAUGGAUGUUGCUGAGAGAGUGGGUUGGCUUUAUUUACUCCGGAAAGCCCAUCAGCGGUGUCGGCGGGCUCGCUGUGUCUGGGUUCACAAGAUUAUCCAGAGACGCUCCCAGUUUGGUGAGUUUCACCAUUUACUCCAGUAGCUGCGUCUGGAUGGCGGCUACUUUCAACGUUCUGUCUCAGUCCCAGGUUGACGACCUAUUGGCCUGCAUUGGUGCGCGGAUUUCGUACCAGGACUCCAACUACAGGUGCUCAAUUCCAGCUGCAGAGCGCCUGUCCAUCUGUCUUCGGUUUCUCGCCACUGGGGACUCAUUCAGGACCAUCGCCAGCAGCUUCCGGGUUGGUGUCUCCACAGUCUGCAGCAUCAUCCCCACUGUGGUCACUGGACGGCAAACACGUCGUUCUAAAGGCACCCCCCAACUCAGGAUCCCAGUUCUGGGACGGGUUGCAGCCAAUAACUCCUCCAGAGAGGCACUCUGGGUGAAAGACACCUUUAUUGCCCACUUUUCUGCGGAGGGAGCAGUAAUGGCUGCACCUCAACUCACUUCCAAUGUGACUCUGCUGUUGCCUCGGGCUCAGUUCAGGAUAGAACUCUUUGGGGAGCUCAGGAAUGAAGGACACUUCAAUGGCAACAACGACCACCAGUGCCUCCUUCUGUUCUGCAGGAGGACUUGGAUGAAUGUGAAGAGCUCUGGAAUAAACACAGGAUUCAGCCCUCUAGACAUGCAAUGUGUCCUGGAGGGGCUGGAAGCUCAGAACGUGGUCAUCUCUGUUGCUGCCUCACAAGCUGUAGCCUCAGAUCGUGGGACCAGAGGCUCAGAACAAGAAUGUAUCUGUCAAUGUCUAUCCCCGUACAGGACAGAUUCAGAACGGGGUUGUAUCUGUUAG